GGGAGGGCGAAUGCUCGGAAACUGUCUUUCACUCUUACUUUCCUCUCGUCUCGCUGUCUGUCUCCCCUUUUUUCCUCUUUCUGUUGUCAUCCUCGCUGCAUUGUGCUGCACAGAAGAGAAACCAAGGAUAACACAACCUGACUCAAAGAGAAGAUGAAGUCCCACUUGGUUUUUCAGGUCACCUGUGUGACCCUGCUGUCAUUGUGCUGCACUGUGUGCCACUCCACUCCUUUGUUCUAUAACAUAUCCAUGGAUGGCAGUGGUGAUGAAGCUGAGCUGGAGCUCCUUUUCCCGGUGUCUUUCUCCACCCGAGCGCCUGUUCAUAUUACCACUUCUACCGGGGCUCCCACUCUCACCAACACCAUAACCACCACCAUGAUCCGUCUGAAGGACUACGUCCUGAGCCGAGUAGUGGACUUCCUGCAGGAGAAUAUGCUCAUCAUCAUUGUGGUGACCUCUCUUCUCAUUGUCAUGGUCUUUAUCAUCUGUUGUGCCUCUGCCAUGAGUCACAAGCGCAAGCUGGAGGCAUAUAAGCCCCUUCCUCAUCCACCCAGGAAGUAUAUGACUGAUAAAGAUGGAGCACGCAAGGAUUCGGGCGAUCUCCAGGAGAAGCCUUAUGCCAUCGAUCAUAUCAAGAGGGUCCAGACUCAGAGCAUGGCCUCCCCGAAGAACCUGCGCGUGCCUUCCAAGGCACUGGUGGGAGAGAGAGGGAGAGACGUUCGGUCAUCGCCUCAACAGGAGGUCAGAAAGGUCAGAGAGACAGAGGAGGUGGUGGAAAAGCGGAGAGAAGAACCCAAACACAAAGAGAAGGUGAAGCACAGGGAGGAAGUACAGCAGAGCUCCAGUGCCAGCACCAGCUCCAGCUCCAGCUCCAGCUCCAACUCCAGCUCCAGCUCCAGCUCCAGCUCAAGCCAGCCAGUCUGCACCUGCCACCUGAAAAAAGCCCACCACUAGGGCAGAGUGGAGGCUUUUUUUUGGCCUUUAAAACAAGAUCAGAAAGUUAUUCCACACAGGCAAAGGCAAAAUAUGUCCUGAUGUUUUCAUUAGAAAAACCUUACAGAGCAAAAUGGGUGUAUAUUUAGGUGAAGUCAUGCCUCAUAAAAAAAAAAAUUAAAAAAAAUCUGUCUUUAAACAUUGAAAUGUAAAUCUACAGAGAAGAAGAUAUGUUAUCUGAAACAGGAAGUUUACAAAAGUUACGACUCAAACAGUUUGAGUCACAUUGAUAAGUAGAAAUGAGCAAAGAUGGCUGCACACUGAGAGCCUUUUAGUGGCCACUUUAUCUUCAUGUGCUGAAAAUACCUUAACUUGGCAGUUUUUUUUUUUUCCAGUGGUUACUGAAAAAGCAUAACACCGCUGUGCCACUGAGGCAGUAAAACGUUAUUGCGAUAAGUGUUUAUUUUUUCAAUGAACAACACUUUCUAAGGGAAUAAAAACAAGAGAAUCAAAAAACCUUGAACACCGAGUAUUAAUCUCCUCAUUAUGUCCUGCUGUAGUGGAAACAUCUGGACCUGUCAUUUAGAACAACGUAUUUGGUGCUGUAAAUAAGUCAAAGUGACACGUCAGUAAACUUGACUUGAUAAGUAGCAAAGUGUUCUCUUUAUAUUUACAAUUAUAUUUACUUCAUUUUGUUUCCAUCAUGUUAUUUUGUUUCAUAUGAUAUCAUAUUUUAUUUUACAAAACUAAAGUUAAAACAAAAAGAAACAUUUUCAACUGUGUUAUUUCUAAGUAUAUGAUUAAAGGCUGUAUUAUCUACUACAAAUCUACUAUAUCUAUAUUCAUGAUUUUUUAAAAAUCCCACUGUAUUUCAGUUGUAAGGUUUUACCUAUCAGGACAUAACAAAAAAAAAAUAUUUUUAAAAAUCUUUCCCAGGUCUUAAAAUGAAAAAUUCAGCCAAAAUGCAGAGGCAGUGUGUGAAACAUUAAGUACACCCCAUGAUUCAGUGGGUGUAGAACCACCUUUGGCAGCAACAACUUGCAGUAAUUGUUUUCUGUAUGACUUUAUCAGUCUCUCACAUGGCUGUGGAGGAAUUUUGGCCCACUCCUCUUUAUAAUGUUGCUUCAGUUCACUGAGGUUUGAAGGGAUUCAUUUAUGCGCAGCUCUCUCUGCGACAACAUUUCAAUCAGAUUGAGGUCUGGGCUUUGACUGGGCCAUUGCAGCACCUUGAUUCUUUUCUUUUUCAGCCGUUCUGUUGUAGGUUUGCUGCGGGAUCAUUGUCCUGCUGCAUGCCCAAAUUUGGGCCAAGCUUUAGCUGUUGGACAGAUGGCCUCACAUUUUACUCUAGAAUAGAAAUUGGUAUACAGAGGAUUUCAUUGUGGGUUUAAUGACUGCAAAGUGCCGAGGUCCUGUGGCUGCAAAACAAGGCCAAAUCAUCACCCCUCUGCCACCAUCUUUGUUUUUCACCAAACAUGGUGGUGUGCAUUAUGGCCAAACAUCUCCACUUUGGUCUCAUCUAUCCAAAGGAUAAUUUUCCAUAAGUCUUGUGGUUUCAUCAGAUGUAUCUUAGCAAACCCAAAGCUGUGUUGCCAUUUUCUUUUUAGAGAGAAGAGGCUUUCGCUUGGCAACCCUUCCAAACAAGCCAUACUUGUUCAGUCUUUUCCUUAAUUGUACUGUCAUGAACGUUAAUAUUUAACAUGCUAACUGAAGCCUGAAGAGUCUGAGGUGUAGGUUUUUGUUUGUUUUUUGCAGUGUCUCUGAGCAUUGCACUGUCUGACCUUGUGGUGAACUUGCUGGGGCAUCGACUCAUGGGAGAAUUAGCAGCUGCCUUGAAUGUUUUCUCCUUGUUAAUAAUCUUUCUCACUGCACAAUGAUGGACUUCAAAUUGUCUGGUAAUGGCCUUAUACCCCUUCCCAGAUUGAUGGGUACGAAUUGCUUCUCUAUUGCUGAUCUCUUUCCUCCUCUGCACUAUGCUAAUACACACCUGAGAGCUCCAUGACCUGAACACUUCUGCUUUUAUAGAGGUGAUCACACUUGCUGAUAAUCAGUUAAUUAAAUGGAUUUGAUUAUCAGCUCCUGGCUGCUACUUACUUCUUUAUGUCCUUAAUGAAGCAGUAAGGGUGGACUUAGUUUUUCCACACACUGCUUCUGCAUUUGGGCUUACUUUUUGUUAAAUAAACAAUGACAUGGCAUCAUAUGUGGUGUUGUUCAUCUGAGGUUGUAUUUUAAGACCUGGUAAAAUCUUUUUAAAAAUUACAUCCUGAUAUGUAAAACCUUAGAACUGAACGAGGGUGAACUUUCUUUUUACAGUGACUGUAAAUGUUUAUUUGGCUAUUAACUUUGAUCUGCUUUCACCAGGCAAAUACAUAAAAAAAGAAAGCAGAGAAUAGAAAAUCAAUGUUUAAGUUUUAAAUAAGUAAUACAUUUAUAUAUAACAUAAAUUAAGCAUUUUAUUUUUAAUGUAAACAUUUGAAAUGAGUCAGAAAUGUGAGUACAAGGAUAGACCGUUGGCCUGUUUUGCUUAUCUAUAUAGGCUGUCAGGUGGAUAUUUAUCUUUUUGAUCUGAUUUUAUGUGAUUAAAUUACUCUGUACUAUAAUUAUUUUAAUGAGCUUCUAAUCUAUGUCUGAUUUAUGGGCCAGCGCUUUGGUCAUGCUGACAUACUCUUUACCUGCAGAACCUCAGAUUGUUGCCUUCACAGUUGCUUUCUUUUUGACACUUGAAUUGUUGACAAAAAAGACAGUUUUGUUUUACUUAUAUUUAAUAAAGCUAUCAAUA